GCGGCGACUCAUGGUUGGUUGACCCCCACGUCAUGACGUCACAGCGCCCAGUUCUGAUUUCGGCUAGUCGUGUCCGCAGACUUGUCAUUUUCUCACACUUACUAGCUACCACCCAGCAUCAGUAUGGCGACUCAAAGCUCGCCACCACAAGACUACGAGCCUGGGAAGCUGUUUGUUGGUGGACUUGACUUUGGCACAUCAGAAACAUCUUUAGAAGAGAAGUUCAGCCAGUUUGGGACGGUCACAGAAUGCAAGAUCAUAACGGACCGCGAAACGGGAAGAUCACGGGGCUUUGGAUUCAUCAAGUUUGACACCCCGGAUGAAGCUGACGCCGCUCGAAACGCCAUGCAGUUCCAACAACUGGACGGGCGGACGAUACGUGUGGACUAUGCCAGUGCUAAGCGAGGUGGUGGCGGCGGAGGUAGCUACGGGGGAUCAUACGGGCGUGGCCGGGGCGGCUUCCGUGGCGGCGGCCGGGGACGUGGCUACAACAACAGCGGUAGAGCCUACUAUGGUGGCGGGGGUGGGAGUAACUAUUACGGUGGUGGUGGUAGCAACUACUAUGGCGGUGGCGGCCAGUACCAAAGCGACUACGGGGGUGGGGAUAGCUAUGGAGGCAGCUACGGUGGCCAAAGCUAUGGUGGUGGUGGUAGCUAUGGUGGGAGCUAUGGUGGUGGCUAUGAGGGUGGUAGCUAUGAAGGCAGCUACUAGCUAGUCCUGUCUGUUUUCUGCACCACAGUCUAAUUAUAUAUUAGAGUGUCUGCAAUGUUUGGCCAGUAUAUAAAGUACUUUGUUGUUUUUUUCUUGUGUUGGUUGUACAUGCUAAGCUUUGGUGUGAUACACACUGCUAGUAUAUAUGUGGAAAGCCAGUCUUUUUUUACAGCUCCAGUUGUAAAGCAAAUGGUUUAUGACAAAGGUUUAAGCUGUGUUUUUGACACUGUCACAAGUUUGCUUCCAGAAUUUUCAACUAACUCUUUGGCUACUGUUAAUCAGUAUGUCAUGAGUGGGUUAAAUACCUGAUAAUGGUCAAAGAGUGUAGGAAAAAAGGUAAGUAGAAAUUUGAUCGUGUUGGAAAGACAACCAAAAACCUCUGCCAUAUCACUUUUCAACACAGGUGAGCUUUCGCUUUAAAUUGUUGCAAUUGUAACAAAAAAAAUGGACGUCUGUUUCCCCAGAACGUUCACAAAGGUAGAUAAUUAAAAACCAGAUUUGUGUAACUCAUAAUCUGCAAUAUUGGGACGUGGUAUCCCAGCAUAAUUGUUGCAUUCCUUCUUCAACCCCAUCCUAUUCCCGCAAGUGAAAGGUUUUUUGAUGCACAGCAGUACCUUGUUUUCAUAGAUACUAGUAAGAGCAUUUGAACAUCGUCAAGACUGUGCUGUGCCUACAUAUAUUUCACAGGGUACAGUGCAAUGUCUUUGGAUGUAUCUGGAUCGAGUAGAACCUACACAGUUGGUAUUAGUUAGUGUGCAUCGAAAACUAGUAAGCAAAGCUACAUAAUCAAGUUAGCAUUAGAUAGAUCACUUGUUUUGAGAGACGUUGUAAUUAACUUCCAAAGAAGUGUGUCAUCGCAAAAGAAUGUAUGUUAACAUUGUUAUAGAUGUUGUGGUUUGUGCACGCUAUAUAUAUAUCGAUCUACUUCUAGCCACCAAGAUAAGUAAUCAGACCUAAGAUAAGAGAAAAACUUUCAAGGAAGGAGAGCUUGUGCAGAAUCUUGAGAAAUUCCUUGUGUACAUUGAUUUAGCAUGACGUUGGACCUAUUUUUGAAGAAGAAACUCUGAAGACAACACAUUCUUUUUACCGGGCAAACCUAGUUUUGUAAACUCAGGACCGAUCGAAGACUUUUGUACCUUGUUACAGCUAACUGAAAAGUUUAAGAGCCUUAUAGUGUCAACUUUGAAUCGAGAAAAAAGGUAAGAGAUGUUGCUCCAAGAAUGUAUAUCAUUGAAGAGAUAGUUUUGUAUGUUUUUGUCGAAGCCUUUUUGGAUUGACAACUGGUUGAUGACUUUAUUGAUGUUUCUAAGAUGCCACUGUAAUGAUUUUGUGUUUUAAUGCCUACUUGUAUGUAUUGAAAGGGUUCGUUCCAUGGCAACUAAGUACACUCAAGUUCCUUCAUG